UUUAGCAAACUGCUCGAACGAUAAUCCGAAAGGCGUUUUAGCGAAACGAGAUCCGUAUUUUGUUGAAUUUCUCGGACAUAUGUAAACCAAACAAACGAAGACAUUCGGACUACAUUCAAGUCGGGACCAAUUCGGCGGUGAUCUGAGUGUCUUCCAGGCAUAAUCCCCUCGAAAAGUUCCUCUUAGGUUCCCCUGUGGUAGAAAUAUUUCAAUAUGGAGUUGGGAGAGAAGCUAAAGGAGCUCAACAUGUCAGUGGAUGAAAUUCAGAGACUGACAAAGGCUUUUAAAGAUGAGAAUUUCAGAAAAAUGCUGCAUGAGUACGCUGAGGAGAUAUCAGAUCCAGAGAAUAGGAGAAUUUAUGAAGAGGAGAUUGCCAUCCUGGAGCAGGAACGGGGAAACAACAUUGAGUUCAUCCACCCACAGCCAUUCAGGGCCCUGAAGACCAGUCUGAACCGCAAGCAGAAGUGUUACAUCAACAUCUGUGGCAAUGAAAAAGUGGGGAAGCCUGAAUGUAAGUGUGGGGUCUCCGAGGACGGUCGCAGGGGACAAUGCUGGUCACUUCCUCACAAUCUGUCCCAAGGGAGGCAAGACACAGAUCCAAAAGGAAACAAAAUCACCAUCUAUGAUGUUGUUUUUCAUCCAGACACCCUCCACAUAGCGAACAAAAACUCAAAAUUUAUGGAAAUGGUUAGCAGUACAGCCGUUAAGGCGAUUCAGGAUGCCUUCAAGGUCACUUUGGAUGAAAACAACAUGAAGGAGAUGAAGACAAAGUAUAAAGGGAUGCCUCAUCCUUGUGUCAUUCGGAAACGCAUCCCUGGAUUCAAACCGACAGACCCUCAAGAUGACCCUCUCGCCUUCCCAUACCCAGAUGAAAAACCACCAAAAGAAAUCACCCCUGAUCCCAAACCUAGGAGCUAUGUAAUCCAACCUGAGAAAAUCAAAAAGCACUCUGAGCCAAGUUAUACUGUAAAAUACAGAUCCUUCAUUGACCUGCAGGACUUCAGAUACUCCAGAGACUCGGCAAAGAGCCCCAGGCCCAAAGAGAUUAUCGUCACUAUAGAUGUCCCGCUCCUGAAGUCGGUAGCGGACGUAAACCUGGAGGUGAAGGAGAAAAGCCUGCUUCUGGAAUCUGAGAGUCCUGCCUACAGACUGGAACUACCUUUGUCCUACCCUGUGGACGAGGAGGAAGGAGAGGCCAAGUUUAGCAAACAGAAAGGACAACUUACUGUGACUCUGCCUGUCCUUCCUUCUAAUGAGGCAACAGAGUUCUUUGCGCAGCAUGCUGGUGACCAUGACAGGACAGAAGGACACAUGGAGGAGGGGAAUAAACAGAUGGAAGGCAGGGAAAGUCAAGAUGGGGAAGAGAAGCUGAAGAAAGAAAAUGAGGAACCUGUGAAAGAAGAGGAGGAGAAGUUGAAAGAAAAUGCCAUUGGUAAAGAGGUGGAGUUGACAGAAAAAAUAACAGUUCAAGAACAGCAAAAAAAUGAAGAAAAGAUGUAUGAAAAAGGAAGCCAUGAAGUGGAAGAGAACAUGCAGGAAACCCAACAACUGAUCAGUCACCAAGACCUACACAAAGAUCCUGUUAGGAACGAGGAUGCGCCAAAGAAAAUAGACUCUGAGGAAGAAAACCCAGCAAGUGUCGAUCUGCUACAGACUUCACCUGAGAGGCAUAGCCCUGUAGUCACCUUCGAAACUUGUAGUUAUGUAAAAGAUGCAGCCGCGGACUCGUGUUCAGAGUCACACGCCCCAAUUUAUGACAAAGGAAGCGAUAAGGUGGAGAACGCGCAGGAACCUCAAGAACUGAUCAGUCACGAAAACGGAAGCAAAGAUUCUGUUAAAAACGAGGAUGUUCCACAGAAAAUGGACUUCGAGGAAGAAAACCCAGCAAGUGUUGAUCUGUUACAGACGUCACCUGAGAAGCAACGCCCUGUAGUCACCUUUGACGCAUCAGGUGAUGUAGAAGAUGCAGCUGCGAACUCGUGUUCAGAGUCACCUGCCCCAAUUUAUGACAAAGGAAGCGAUAAGGUGGAGAACGCGCAGGAACCUCAAGAACUGAUCAGUCACGAAAACAGAAGCAAAGAUUCUGUUAAAAACGAGGAUGUUCCACAGAAAAUGGACACAGAGGAAGAAAACCCAGCAAGUGUUGAUCUGUUAGAGACGUCACCUGAGAAGCAAAGCCUUGUAGUCACAUUUGAAGCAUCAGGUGAUGUAGAAGAUGCAGCAGUGGACUCGUGUUCAGAGUCACCCGCUCAAGUGAUGGACGCGUACAUGCAAGAAACUGCGAAAGAGAAGAUGGAAAUAGACUCAUGUCAGGAAUCUGUGUUGGAAAACCACAUUGACGAGUCAAACCAGACGCCUGCACAAGAGGAAGCUCCUUCUGUAGGAAGUUCAGCAAGUCACCCUGCAGAAGAGAGCACACUUCUCUCAGCAGAGGAUGUGGACAAGACGGAGGAAAAGCCAAAGCCUGACAAAAAGCAACCUCUUGUGUUGUUGAGGGAAAUCGACAAAGAUGGAAAGGUGACAGUCGUCAGCGAUCACUCUACAUCCGUUGGAUUCGUCUUCCAUAACUCCCUGAUGUAUGAACUCGACUAAAAAGAGUUGAAAGUGCCUUCUGAUGAGAUCAACAGAGCAGUUUAUUUGUUUUUUCAAUGUAAACCGUCUCGAACCACGCACUCCAUCCAAUGUUUGUUUACAGUGUUUCUAAUAUUUUGUACCUCUCAAACUAAUUAGAAACGUAAUUCUACGUUACACCAUUGCAAGUUAUAACCAAAUACAGUAUAUUAUGUGUUUUUGUGCAAGUGUGCCUAAUAUUGGGGAAAAAUUGUAUGCAUUCAAAUCAUUUACAAUGAAGUCCUGUAAUAUCUUCCUAAAAAAAAGUAUGCUUUUAUUUAAAUCUUCAAAAUGUAUACAAAAUGGUAGGUUAUUAGCGCAAUAAAAGCAGCAGCUACCCGAGGUUAUGACAUCGCCUACUUGCAUUACUCCUAAAGUAGGUCAGUAGGGGACUGCAGGAGAAAUAUUUUAGAAACAGGUGAAUACCUCUUUCAUUGCCAUGUAUUAAUUGUGUUAUUUUAGGUUGUAAAACAGGCAACUCCUAAAAAAACAAAUGUCCAUAGUGCUGAGUCUUUUCCCCCCAGCUCAUUAAGAGCAUCGCUUUAGUACCUGCACCAGUUUCAAUGUCCCUCAUCUGAUUCCCCUCUGGAGGGUUUUGUCCAAAAACUGGGAGUAGCAGGAAAGAGAGCAGUAGUGCUGUGUCACUGGGGCGUCUGUGCCGCCCAUGUCGUCCACCAGAACCACGGUGUGGGACACUUGGUGCAGGUUCAUGCUCACAGCUGUCUUAAUGUAGAAGCUGACGCAGAAGCGUCCGCAGUCGCAGGUCUUCGCAACGUCCAGGUCUCGGCAUAGGUGUGCAGGAAUGAGGUGAGGUCCGUAUGGAAUUCUGGUGCAAGAAAAUCAUUGGUUAAAAUGAGACGUGGAAAAUUAUUUCACAUAUUUCAACAGUUCUUAAGUAUCUUAACAGCAUCAGCCUUUAAACUGCCUUGUACAGAGCAGACAGUUUUCUGUUAAUUAGCUAGAUUGUGUUGUCACUAUGUGCUCAAAAAAGACAUUUCAAAAGUACCCUUAAAGCAGAGGUGUCCAAACUUUUUACACCCAGGGCCACAAACUGAAAAAUCUCAUGAGCUCACAUAACCGUUUGGACUUUACUUUCCUGCGUUCUAUAUCAUUUCCUGUCCUGGUGCCCUUAAUUUGGUUCUACUUCUUGCUAAAAUCUUUGUUUUGCUGCACCUUCCCUUUGUUUAGUUUCCUGCCAGCGCACCUGUUUUCCAUUUCUAAUCAAGUCUAUUUAGGUUCACCUGUUGCUCCUUGCCAGCCCAGGAUUUUUGCCUUUAGUCAAUGUGCGUGAGUUACUCUACUGCCGCUACAUGCUCUGUACUAGCAUGUUUUUUCUGCAGAUUUUUGCUCUCUACCUAAAGAAUGAACUUCUUUGACCUUCACACAUGCCUUCUGUCUCUGCAUCCUAGUGUCACUAACAUGUGCCACCGUGACAGAAUCAAAGGAUGUGCGGCCAUUUUGUUGAUAAUUUUCAUCUAAACUUUUGUCAUAAAUGACAAAUCACAUCUUUAAAGUUCAGUGUAACAUGUUUUUAUUGUUUAAUUGUAUUUGUAAGGAUGUGCCUAGUAAAAAAUGAAGUAUGUGCUGCAAAAGGCCCGCGGGCCUCAGUUUUGGACACCACUAAUCUUUAAUGACUCAUAUACCCAGAUUAUGCUCAGCAUUG